AUACUGAGAUGUAGAUAAUCUUUUGCAGAGGGAGUUUGUAUAGAUUAAUUCACCGACCUAACAAUCAAUUAGAUGAGCGAAGGCGGUUGCGGAUGGCCCUUGAUGCUGCCCGAGGAAUGAACUAUCUGCACAGCAGUACUCCAGUGAUAGUGCAUCGUGAUUUGAAGUCCCCAAAUCUUCUUGUUGACAAAAACUGGGUUGUGAAGGUAUGUGAUUUUGGCUUAUCACGAAUGAAGCAUAGCACCUUCCUUUCUUCCAGAUCAACUGCGGGAACAGCUGAAUGGAUGGCUCCAGAAGUGUUGAGAAAUGAACUUUCAGAUGAAAAGUGCGACGUUUUCAGCUAUGGCGUCAUAUUGUGGGAGCUCUCUACGUUGCAGCAACCCUGGGGAGGAAUGAAUCCAAUGCAAGUUGUUGGUGCUGUGGGUUUCCAACAUCGCCGUCUAGACAUUCCAGAUGAUGUAGACCCUGUCAUUGCAGAUAUUAUCAGACAAUGCUGGCAGACAGAUCCAAAGCUGAGGCCAACAUUUGCUGAAAUCAUGGCUGCUCUGAAGCCAUUGCAGAGGCCAAUUACUGCUUCUCAAGUGCCUAGAUCAAGUGCUCAGUCAUCACGAGUUACUGAAUUUCCCGCAGGAUAGAAGAAAAUUAUACCACUAACAUUUUGUUUUUCAUUUUACUGCUAUAAAUGUGAGGGCAAAUUGUAGAGUAUUUACCGUUUGGGAUUGACAAAAGUGAUUGGUUCAGCUAACUUACAUUCUCAUUCAAGGUUUUCACUCCUCUAGUUCCUUCUCCUUCUUUGUUUUCCUCCAUUUCCUUUUCUUUUCUGUGUUAUCCACAGUGCUGUUAGUGUCAGGUUGUACCAUUUGUUUGUACAAAAUUCUUUGAAACAUGUUGUAAUCAGUGUCUAAAUUUUGUUGUUCAUAAAUAGUAACGGAAAAUUGCAACUGUAAUUUGGAUAGAAGAAAGGAUUAACAUAAUUGAAAGUUGCUUGCUUCUGUAAUUAGUGACCAUGUUAACUGGGUUAAUGUGCUAAGUUCUCUGUGAGCCUUGCAUUUCUCUCUUGGACUUGCACACUGUUAAAGGAAAAAUAAUGUUAUUUAUUCA